CGGAGCCGUCGCCAUUGCCUCCCUCGCCACCGCCGCCGUCCCCGGAUCCCCCUGGAGGCCGGUCUCCCUCUCCGCCCCCCUCACCACUACUUCCACCUGUACCUCCCUCACCUGCACCACCAUCUCCAUUACCGCCCUCCCCGCUACCACCAUCCCCAUCACCACCCUCGCCAGCUCCGCCCUCUCCACACCCCCCGUCACCUCCUCCACCAUCACCUGAGCCAUCGCCAAUGCCGCCGUCCCCACAGCCGCCCUCUCCACAACCGCCUUCCCCACAACCGUCGUCUCCGGAACCGCCUUCUCCACAACCGCCUUCUCCACAACCUCCAUCUCCGCAGCCGCCGUCUCCGGAACCGCCUUCUCCCGAACCACCAUCCCCGCUACCGCCUUCUCCCGAGCCCCCAUCGCCAUUACCGCCUUCUCCGCAACCUCCAUCUCCGCAGCCACCGUCUCCGCUACCGCCGUCGCCCGAGCCUCCAUCGCCGCUACCGCCUUCUCCACAAGCUCCAUCUCCGCAGCCACCGUCUCCGGAACCGCCUUCUCCCAAACCACCAUCGCCGCUACCGCCGUCGCCCGAGCCUCCAUCGCCGCUACCGCUGUCGCCCGAGCCUCAGUCGCCGCUACCGCCUUCUCCACAACCACCAUCGCCUUCACCACCCUCGCCGGAGCCGUCACCAUUGCCUCCCUCGCCACCGCCGCCGUCCCCGGAUCCCCCUGGAGGCCGGUCUCCCUCUCCGCCCCCCUCACCACUACUUCCACCUGUACCUCCCUCACCUGCACCACCAUCUCCAUUACCGCCCUCCCCGCUACCACCAUCCCCAUCACCACCCUCGCCAGCUCCGCCCUCUCCACACCCCCCGUCACCUCCUCCACCAUCACCUGAGCCAUCGCCAAUGCCGCCGUCCCCACAGCCGCCCUCUCCACAACCGCCUUCCCCACAACCGCCAUCUCCGGAACCGCCUUCUCCGGAACCGCCUUCUCCACAACCUCCAUCUCCGCAGCCACCGUCUCCGGAACCGCCUUCUCCCGAACCACCAUCCCCGCUACCGCCGUCGCCCGAGCCUCCAUCGCCAUUACCGCCUUCUCCACAACCUCCAUCUCCCCAGCCACCGUCUCCAGAACCGCCUUCUCCCGAGCCUCCAUCGCUGCUACCGCCGUCGCCAGAGCCUCCAUCUCCGCUACCGCCUUCUCCACAACCACCAUCGCCUUCACCACCCUCGCCGGAGCCUUCGCCAUUGCCUCCCUCGCCACAGCCACCGUCCCCGGAUCCCCCUGGAGGCCGGUCUCCCUCUCCGCCCCCCUCACCACUACUUCCACCUGUACCUCCCUCACCUGCACCACCAUCUCCAUUACCACCCUCCCCUCUACCACCAUCCCCAUCACCACCCUCGCCAGCUCCGCCCUCUCCACACCCCCCGUCACCUCCUCCACCAUCACCUGAGCCAUCGCCAAUGCCGCCGUCCCCACAGCCGCCCUCUCCACAACCGCCUUCCCCACUACCGGCGUCUCCGGAACCGCCUUCUCCACAACCGCCUUCUCCACAACCUCCAUCUCCGCAGCCACCGUCUCCAGAACCGCCUUCUCCUGAACCACCAUCGCCGCUACCGCCAUCGCCCGAGCCUCCAUCUCAUCUACCGCCUUCUCCACAACCACCAUCGCCUUCACCACCCUCGCCGGAGCCGUCGCCAUUGCCUCCCUCGCCACCGCCGCCGUCCCCGGAUCCCCCUGGAGGCCGGUCUCCCUCUCCGCCCCCCUCACCACUACUUCCACCUGUACCUCCCUCACCUGCACCACCAUCUCCAUUACCGCCCUCCCCGCUACCACCAUCCCCAUCACCACCCUCGCCAGCUCCGCCCUUUCCACACCCCCCGUCACCUCCUCCACCAUCACCUGAGCCAUCGCCAAUGCCGCCGUCCCCACAGCCGCCCUCUCCACAACCGCCUUCCCCACAACCGCCAUCUCCGGAACCGCCUUCUCCGGAACCGCCUUCUCCACAACCUCCAUCUCCGCAGCCACCGUCUCCGGAACCGCCUUCUCCCGAACCACCAUCCCCGCUACCGCCGUCGCCCGAGCCUCCAUCGCCAUUACCGCCUUCUCCACAACCUCCAUCUCCCCAGCCACCGUCUCCAGAACCGCCUUCUCCCGAGCCUCCAUCGCUGCUACCGCCGUCGCCAGAGCCUCCAUCUCCGCUACCGCCUUCUCCACAACCACCAUCGCCUUCACCACCCUCGCCGGAGCCUUCGCCAUUGCCUCCCUCGCCACAGCCACCGUCCCCGGAUCCCCCUGGAGGCCGGUCUCCCUCUCCGCCCCCCUCACCACUACUUCCACCUGUACCUCCCUCACCUGCACCACCAUCUCCAUUACCACCCUCCCCUCUACCACCAUCCCCAUCACCACCCUCGCCAGCUCCGCCCUCUCCACACCCCCCGUCACCUCCUCCACCAUCACCUGAGCCAUCGCCAAUGCCGCCGUCCCCACAGCCGCCCUCUCCACAACCGCCUUCCCCACUACCGGCGUCUCCGGAACCGCCUUCUCCACAACCGCCUUCUCCACAACCUCCAUCUCCGCAGCCACCGUCUCCAGAACCGCCUUCUCCUGAACCACCAUCGCCGCUACCGCCAUCGCCCGAGCCUCCAUCUCCUCUACCGCCUUCUCCACAACCACCAUCGCCUUCACCACCCUCGCCGGAGCCGUCGCCAUUGCCUCCCUCGCCACCGCCGCCGUCCCCGGAUCCCCCUGGAGGCCGGUCUCCCUCUCCGCCCCCCUCACCACUACUUCCACCUGUACCUCCCUCACCUGCACCACCAUCUCCAUUACCGCCCCCCCCGCUACCACCAUCCCCAUCACCACCCUCGCCAGCUCCGCCCUCUCCACACCCCCCGUCACCUCCUCCACCAUCACCUGAGCCAUCGCCAAUGCCGCCGUCCCCACAGCCGCCCUCUCCACAACCGCCUUCCCCACUACCGGCGUCUCCGGAACCGCCUUCUCCACAACCGCCUUCUCCACAACCUCCAUCUCCGCAGCCGCCGUCUCCGGAACCGCCUUCUCCCGAACCACCAUCGCCGCUACCGCCGUCGCCCGAGCCUCCAUCUCCGCUACCGCCUUCUCCACAACCUCCAUCUCCGCAGCCACCGUCUCCAGAACCGCCUUCUCCCGAGCCUCCAUCGCUGCUACCGCCGUCGCCAGAGCCUCCAUCUCCGCUACCGCCUUCUCCACAACCACCAUCGCCUUCACCACCCUUGCCGGAGCCGUCGCCAUUGCCUCCCUCGCCACCGCCGCCGUCCCCGGAUCCCCCUGGAGGCCGGUCUCCCUCUCCGCCCCCCUCACCACUACUUCCACCUGUACCUCCCUCACCUGCACCACCAUCUCCAUUACCGCCCUCCCCGCUACCACCAUCCCCAUCACCACCCUCGCCAGCUCCGCCCUUUCCACACCACCCGUCACCUCCUCCACCAUCACCUGAGCCAUCGCCAAUGCCGCCGUCCCCACAGCCGCCCUCUCCACAACCGCCUUCCCCACAACCGCCGUCUCCGGAACCGCCUUCUCCGGAACCGCCUUCUCCACAACCUCCAUAUCCGCAGCCACCGUCUCCGGAACCGCCUUCUCCCGAACCACCAUCCCCGCUACCGCCAUCGCCCGAGCCUCCAUCGCCGCUACCGCCUUCUCCACAACCUCCAUCUCCGCAGCCACCGUCUCCAGAACCGCCUUCUCCUGAGCCUCCAUCGCUGCUACCACCGUCGCCCGAGCCUCCAUCUCCGCUACCGCCUUCUCCACAACCACCAUCGCCUUCACCACCCUCGCCGGAGCCGUCGCCAUUGCCUCCCCCGCCACCGCCGCCGUCCCCGGAUCCCCCUGGAGGCCGGUCUCCCUCUCCGCCCCCCUCACCACUACUUCCACCUGUACCUCCCUCACCUGCACCACCAUCUCCAUUACCGCCCUCACCUCUACCACCAUCCCCAUCACCACCCUCGCCAGCUCCGCCCUCUCCACACCCCCCGUCACCUCCUCCACCAUCACCUGAGCCAUCGCCAAUGCCGCCGUCCCCACAGCCGCCCUCUCCACAACCGCCUUCCCCACAACCGCCGUCUCCGGAACCGCCUUCUCCGGAACCGCCUUCUCCACAACCUCCAUAUCCGCAGCCACCGUCUCCGGAACCGCCUUCUCCCGAACCACCAUCCCCGCUACCGCCGUCGCCCGAGCCUCCAUCGCCGCUACCGCCUUCUCCACAACCUCCAUCUCCGCAGCCACCGUCUCCAGAACCGCCUUCUCCUGAGCCUCCAUCGCUGCUACCGCCGUCGCCCGAGCCUCCAUCUCCGCUACCGCCUUCUCCACAACCACCAUCGCCUUCACCACCCUCGCCGGAGCCGUCGCCAUUGCCUCCCCCGCCACCGCCGCCGUCCCCGGAUCCCCCUGGAGGCCGGUCUCCCUCUCCGCCCCCCUCACCACUACUUCCACCUGUACCUCCCUCACCUGCACCACCAUCUCCAUUACCGCCCUCCCCUCUACCACCAUCCCCAUCACCACCCUCGCCAGCUCCGCCCUCUCCACACCCCCCGUCACCUCCUCCACCAUCACCUGAGCCAUCGCCAAUGCCGCCGUCCCCACAGCCGCCCUCUCCACAACCGCCUUCCCCACUACCGGCGUCUCCGGAACCGCCUUCUCCACAACCGCCUUCUCCACAACCUCCAUCUCCGCAGCCGCCGUCUCCGGAACCGCCUUCUCCCGAACCACCAUCGCCACUACCGCCGUCGCCCGAGCCUCCAUCUCCGCUACCGCCUUCUCCACAACCACCAUCACCUUCACAACCCUCGCCGGAGCCGUCGCCAUUGCCUCCCUCGCCAUUGCCGCCGUCCCCGGAUCCCCCUGGAGGCCGGUCUCCCUCUCCGCCCCCCUCACCACUACUUCCACCUGUACCUCCCUCACCUGCACCACCAUCUCCAUUACCGCCCUCCCCUCUACCACCAUCCCCAUCACCACCCUCGCCAGCUCCGCCCUCUCCACACCCACCGUCACCUCCCCCACCAUCCCCUGAGCCAUCGCCAAUGCCGCCGUCCCCACAGCCGCCCUCUCCACAACCGCCUUCCCCACAACGGCCGUCUCCGGAACCGCCUUCUCCACAACCGCCUUCUCCGCAACCUCCGUCUCCGGAACCGCCUUCUCCCGAACCACCAUCCCCGCUACCGCCGUCGCCCGAGCCUCCAUCGCCGCUACCGCCUUCUCCACAACCUCCAUCUCCGCAGCCACCGUCUCCGGAACCGCCUUCUCCCGAACCACCAUCGCCGCUACCGCCGUCGCCCGAGCCUCCAUUGCCGCUACCGCCUUCUCCACAACCACCAUCGCCUUCACCACCCUCGCCUGAGCCGUCGCCAUUGCCUCCCUCGCCACCGCCGCCGUCCCCGGAUCCCCCUGGAGGCCGGUCUCCCUCUCCGCCCCCCUCACCACUACUUCCACCUGUACCUCCCUCACCUGCACCACCAUCUCCAUUACCGCCCUCCCCUCUACCACCAUCCCCAUUACCACCCUCGCCAGCUCCGCCCUCUCCACACCCACCGUCACCUCCCCCACCAUCCCCUGAGCCAUCGCCAAUGCCGCCGUCCCCACAGCCGCCCUCUCCACAACCGCCUUCCCCACAACCGCCGUCUCCGGAACCGCCUUCUCCACAACCUCCAUCUCCGCAGCCACCAUCUCCGGAACCGCCUUCUCCCGAACCACCAUCCCCGCUACCGCCGUCGCCCGAGCCUCCAUCGCCGCUACCGCCUUCUCCACAACCUCCAUCUCCGCAGCCACCGUCUCCGGAACCGCCUUCUCCCGAACCACCAUCGCCACUACCGCCGUCGCCCGAGCCUCCAUCGCCGCUACCGCCUUCUCCACAACCACCAUCGCCUUCACCACCCUCGCCUGAGCCGUCGCCAUUGCCUCCCUCGCCACCGCCGCCGUCCCCGGAUCCCCCUGGAGGCCGGUCUCCCUCUCCGCCCCCCUCACCACUACUUCCACCUGUACCUCCCUCACCUGCACCACCAUCUCCAUUACCGCCCUCCCCGCUACCACCAUCCCCAUCACCACCCUCGCCAGCUCCGCCCUCUCCACACCCCCCGUCACCUCCUCCACCAUCACCUGAGCCAUCGCCAAUGCCGCCGUCCCCACAGCCGCCCUCUCCACAACCGCCUUCCCCACAACCGCCGUCUCCGGAACCGCCUUCUCCACAACCGCCUUCUCCACAACCUCCAUCUCCGCAGCCACCAUCUCCGGAACCGCCUUCUCCCGAACCACCAUCGCCGCUACCGCCGUCGCCCGAGCCUCCAUCGCCGCUACCGCCUUCUCCACAACCACCAUCGCCUUCACCACCCUCGCCGGAGCCGUCGCCAUUGCCUCCCUCGCCACCGCCGCCGUCCCCGGAUCCCCCUGGAGGCCGGUCUCCCUCUCCGCCCCCCUCACCACUACUUCCACCUGUACCUCCCUCACCUGCACCACCAUCUCCAUUACCAACAUCACCAUCACCCCGGCCUCCGUAUCCUCGUCCUCCUCUACCACGCCCGCCCUUUUCGCCUCCACCCUCGCCACGUCCACCCUCACCUCCGCCACCUUCUCCUCCGCCACCUUCUCCUCCGCCACCCUCACCUAAGCCACCCUCACCUAAGCCAUCUCCAAUCCCACCGUUACCGGUGCCCCCAUCACCACAUCCGACAUCCCCCCCUCCAUCACCGCAGCCUCCUUUACCUCUGCCCGAGCCACCUUCUCCACAACCGCCUUCACCGCAACCCGAACCUCCAUCGCCGUUUCCGGCCCCACCAUCGCCUCCAUCACCUCGGCCGCCUUCACCACCCCGUCCGUCACCUCGUCCACCGGCACCACAGCCGCCAUCACCGCCACCACCGUCUCCGGAUCCCCCCGGUGGACGAUCUCCAUCUCCACCUCCCACGCCCCCAUCGCCUCCGUCACCACCCUCGCCUCCUUCGCCCGCACCACCAGGGAUGCCCAGGCCUCCUCGCCGUCCAAAGCCAC